UUAGCUAGCUAGCCAUAUAUCAAUAACACUCAAAAAAAGAAAAAAAAAAUGAUGAAACAAAGUCUUAUCUGCCUCUCCUUCCUAUUCCUCUUCUUCCACCAUUCCACCGCUGCCACCUUAGCCGCCCACUCCCCAGCCAAAGCUCCAUCCAAAGCCAAAACCGAAGCCGAAGCCCCGGUUACUCCUAUUACUAAAGCCGAACCCCCGGCUGCCAAAGCCGAAACUCCCGCUAAGGCGCCAACGUCAACUCCGGCAGUCGAGCCCCCAUCCGAAGUACCCCUUAUUCAAGCCCCGCCACACAAAGCCCUCGCUGGCCCAACUGAUGUCUCCAAAGUCCUCGAAAAAGCCGGCAGCUUCAGCGUCUUCAUCCGUCUCCUAAAGAGCACAUCCGUUAGCAUUCAGAUCGAAAAUCAGCUCAACGUCUCCAACACCUUGACCAUUUUCGCCCCGACAAACGGCGCUUUCUCCGCUCUCAAGCCCGGCACUCUCAACUCCCUCUCCACCGAGCAAAAAGUUCAGCUGGUGCAGUACCACAUCCUCCCAACUCUCGUGUCGCUUCAAAACUUCCAAACUUUAAGCAACCCUGUGAGGACUCAAGCCAGCAACACCUUUGACUACCCACUCAACAUUACAGUCGAAGGGAAUUAUGUCAACAUCUCGACCGGAAUCGUGAACACCACGAUUGCCGGGACGGUUUAUGAGGACAGUCAGCUGGCUAUUUACAAGGUUGAUAAAGUUCUUCUUCCUCUCGGCAUUUUCGCACCCAGACCAAAGCCAUUAGCGCCUGCACCAACGCCACUGCUGAAGCCCAAGAAGGAGACAAAUUCUUCUUCUUCUUCUUCGUCUUCAUCGGAGGAGGAUUCGGACAGCCCGGUCGCGGCGGCGGUGCAUGCGUCGGACGCCCUUGGUCUGAACAAAAAUGGAAUUGCCAACAUUGGAGUUGCCGUUGUUACCGUGAUUUCUAUGUGGGUUCAGUUUUAA